AUGCUGGAAUACUUUUCCUACAAAAAGUACAAGAAGAACAAAGAAGAGAAGGAUGCUGGAAAGGAGAGUCCAAAGAAGGAAGAGCAUGCGACGAAGGAUGUAAACAAGGAAGAGGCCAAGAAGGACGAGAACCACGAGUCCUCUGCCCCUGAAGUCCCUGCAAAGGCAGUCCUCAAGCCUGAAGACGAGCGCUUCCUCGAAGAGCUCCUCGCCCAGAGCAACGACGGCCCUCCGCCGCCACUGCCCCCGCGCAUCUACACAUACGACGUAGACUGGCACUCUGACACCGAAGUCUCCGACGUCGAAUCGAAGAAGACCACGGAUGACGAGCGAGACGAACCAGGCAAGGGAAAAGCCACAGCCAAGAAGGAAGACGAGACCGACAAGGCAAAGGACAAGGAAGAAAAGAAGCCUAGCAGACUAUCCCUCUUAUUCACGAGAAACAAGAAACCAGCCGAGACUCUCAAGGCCAGCACCACCCUCCAACCAGACAACGCCGAAGCCGUGCCCCCCAAGGAAGUCGAGCGCGAGAAGAAGGACCUCACUCGCGUCCUCGACCGCCUCAACCUCUCCGCCCGCAACAACAACGCCGUCUCCGCCGCCGACGCCGGCAGCGACUCGUCCGACCUGCUGCAGCGCUUCACCCAAGUCUUCCGCGACCUCGUCAGCGGCGUGCCCACCGCCUACGACGACCUGACCAAGCUCAUGGAGGACCGCGAUGGCACCAUCAGCAAGCUCUUUGACAAGCUGCCCUCGUCACUGAAGAAGCUCGUCACGCAGAUGCCCGACAAGCUGACUACGACGCUCGCGCCGGAGCUCUUGGCCGCGGCGGCGGAGGCGCAGGGCAUCAAGGUCGGCCAGGGCGGUAUGAAGGGCGCUGCCAAGAGGAUGCUCAUGGGGAAGAACCUGGCGAACCUUAUCAAGACGCCUGGGGCGAUUGUGGGGAUGCUGAGGGCGAUUGUCGAGGUCUUGAAGUCGAGGUGGCCGGCGUUUAUCGGCAUGAAUGUCAUUUGGAGUGUGGCCCUAAGCUUGCUCCUUUUGGUACUUUGGUACUGCUACAAGCGCGGCCGCGAGGAGCGCAUUCUUCGUGAAGAAGCUGAUUCUGGGGCUGAAGCCAGCAGCAGGCGUUACGAAGAGCUGAGCGAUGACGAGGAAGCUGGUGAGAACGACAAACCAGCUACCGAGGCAGCGGAAGCUGCAGCAGCUAUUCCGGUCAUCAUCACCUCGCCGGAGGGCGAACUUUUCGCGACGGAAGUGCCUAAAGACGCGGCUACUCCGGAUGUCGAGGUGCCGCCUUCAGAUGCUCCCGCCGAGCAGACUCGCUCCUAA